AUGUGCGUACAGGAUCUGAUCGCACCCUUUCGUGUGGAUGUUUUCCAGAUUGUUAUCAUGGAGUCAACCCCCCACCAACAAACUAGUUCGAAACGUCCACGGUCGCCGUCGAGCUCUGAAAAUGUUGGCGAUAUGCUUAAUAGUAUGAUGAGAACAGGGAAGCUUUCCUUAGCGCAAGUCAAAGAAAUUUCAGACGAGCUUCUUGCCUCACAUGUGGAAGAGACACCGAUCCCCCCCAUCGCUAGACCAAACGAAACCGCAAUCCAACGACAAAUUAUAGAGAAAGGUUACUCAGAGGACUACCAGAACACCGACGAAAUUGUCAAACCGAUCCUCGAGACUCUUGACCGUCUAUCGAAUGACUGGUCAAUCGAGUAUCUGGCACCCUAUACAUCGUUGAUCGGACCCUCAAUGAUAGGGAAAACUCGACUGAUUAUGGAAUUAGCAAAGCAUGUCUGCGUUAUAUACAUAUGCCUUCGUCCGGUGGGUUCGACUGGAUAUCCCCCACGAUCUGCCCUUGCUGGUCCCAUCCUAGUCGAUAAAGUUGACUACAUCACCCUCUCGACCGCUAUCUUCGAAGUGGCUGCCGAAUUUUUCAACAAACAAGGCAGCAUCAAUGCAUCCAAGGAGGACCGCUUGAAAGAAUGGAAUCGGUAUUGCAAGCCACCGGCAGAAAAAUUUUCGACAGAUGUUUGCGCCAAAAUGCAAACGCUCCCCCUCCCUAAAGAAGACGAGAUCGUUACACUUAAGGAGCCAGUCCACAAACUUCAACAAGCCACACAAUUCAUCGGAAGAUCAGGCCUGACAGUUUUAUUAGCCAUCGAUGAGGCCAGAGAGUUACUCGUCGAUGAAACGACGUCUCGAGUUUCCCGCUUUCGCCUAUGGCGUCGAGCUUUAGCCACCGUCCCAUACUCCAGCGGUUUCUUUGCCCUAGUAGCUGAUACAACCUCGCAAGUUUCCAACUUCAGUGCGUCUGUGAGAAACGACUCUAGCGCAAGGCCUAGGCCCGGGGAGGACUUGCUUUUUGCGCCAAUAUAUAACUUAGCAACCAUGGACUUGAUGUGUACCAAUCACUCUCCUGCCACUUGGGAAGAUCUACUAGCCAAAGACCGCCUUUUCAGUUAUGGCUGUCCAUUUUUCGGCAUGUAUAUUCGAUGCGCAAAAUCGGCUUAUGAUCCAGACCGGGUCGUAGAAGAACUCAUCGCGAUUUCCGAGGCCAAGCUGCUCUGCAGAAGUAAAACAGAACCCGGUGCCAACGAGCUAUCGGAAAGCCGAAUAUUUGCAUUGCUGGGCUCUACAAUACAACCGCAGAUAUAUAUGGCAUCAAGGCUGAAUUCCGACCUUGUCUCCAGUCACGCAGCACACUGUUUGUACAUAGACCAGGCUCGCGAGAGAAUCGUUGCCGAUUAUCCAUCACAGUUUGCUUUCUCCACGGCGGCAAACGGGUUUAUAGCAUCGGAUGAUGCAAGACUGAUUGCUUGUAUCGAACAUCUCGCCUCUGUCUUGCGGCAAGGACUUAUUUCCUCAGGCGAUGCCGGAGAACUCGCUAGCCGAAUUAUAUUGUUGCGAGCCAUGCAACAAACCAUGCAAAAAGUCGUCCCUCGUCCUAAGAAGGCCCCAAUCAAUUACUUACACUCAGUUCCACUGGUGGACUUUCUGACAACACUGACUGGGUUGGAAAAAGAUGAAUUAGAGUUGGGUUCCAUCAGUGAAACAAACAAAGACAGACUAUUAGACGAGGGCCACAUAUUUUGGAACCACUUUAUAAACAUCAAAUACACCCCGGGGUCGUACGAUUUUUUGCAAUUUCUCCACCGAGGCUUAGCCGUUCAGUGUAAACCCAUGCAGAGGGGCUUCGACCAGCUCUUCUCAAUUUACCUCAAACAAGGAAACAACCCCAAGCUAAAGGAAGACGAUGUUACUUUCUGUGGAGUUCAAGUUAAGAAUGCGAUCUCUAAAGCCAAUCUGAAGAAGCAAAGCCCUAAGUGGACAACCAAGUCUGCAAAAAUUGGCCUUUCAAAACCAAACCCGUACCUUGUAAUCCUCCUUGAUUUCAGUGGUAAGAUCCAGGAACACGACCUACCUGAUUGCGGUGAUGAAUCACAACGACGAGGAACACUAUUACUAUUUGGCUUGAAUAAAGUUGGCUGCCUCACCCCGGAAAUCAACAAGGCCUUGGAAAAUCCAACAAUCAGCAACUGGUAG